UUUCUUACCUUUAUAAGUCAAAUUUGAAGUAUUACUAGCAUAAAGGUAUCCUAACUGUCAGGGGUAGGCGGUUCCUAUGAUGAUCCUACUGUACGUUUUCAUAUUAAUGGUCUCUUCUUCAGAAGCUGUCAAACGAGAAUGGGCUUCGGAAGUUACAGCAUUUUCUUCACAGUACGGCUCAGGAAGCCAGUCAGCAAAACAGAUAUUGGGGAAACCAAACGCUUAUCCUAAAUAUGGUACCAAUUCAAAGGCAUGGGCACAGGGGUAUAGAAAAUGGAAUGCAAAUCAGUACAUUGAGCUGAGAUUUCCGGAAAAAAUUUGGUUAACUCAUGUUAACAUAUACGAAGUUUAUAAUGGUGGAGCUGUCACGAGAAUAUUGGCGAAAAACGAAGAAAAACGAUGGAUUGAAAUAUUUAGGGCUCCAUAUGCACAUUUAGUCAAGAAGUCAAGGAUAUUUUCCCCCCAAAUUAAAAGAGUGGAUUUCCCUGUAAAUGAGCUGAGAAUAGAAGUUGAUUGUACUGUCUCAGGGACAUAUGUAUCCAUUGACGCAGUUGAAAUCGUUGGAGGUGGUUGUCCUAGGCGGUUUAAAAAACUCGGCGAUUCUUGUUAUCUCAUCAGGAAAGCUAGAGUGUCGGCAGACACGGCGUUCGUCAACUGUUUAGAAGCCGGUGGGUAUUUGGCCAACUUUGAAACUCUAGAGGAGGCGAUGCGAAUGAAAAAAAUUCUAAAGAAAAUGGGCAGAGGAUUUAACUUCUACGUUGGAGGAAGAAAUAUUAACAGAAGAAAGCCCGGGGGAGAUUGGAGAUGGAUCAAGCAUGGACAAAUGAAUAAGAUGAAAUAUUAUGCCUUUGCUGCCAACGAACCUAAUGGGUCUGACAAGUCGCCUCAAGACUGCAUGUUCUUUUAUGCCAGAAGCCGCUACUCGUUCCACAAUAUCUAUUGUGACAAUGGUUCACAUCUUAGUGGCUAUAUCUGCGAAGCCUGAAAAUUGUCAAUUGAUUUAUAAUGCAAUAAAUUGAAAGCAUCGUAUCAUU